AUGUCCGAUCUGGAAGUUUUUAUAAGUAUACCAGUUCCGUCGUCAGAAAGCUCAACAUCAUUCUUCGAGAAGAAAAAUGAGCGUUGGGACGAUCUGACAAGAUGUUCAUGUAAUCAAAUUCACGAAACUAUAGAUGACUUGUUCAUUUGUGCUGAAAUGAUGAACAGUGAAACUGUUGAUGAUACCAGCAAUCAAGUUAAUUUCAGUGCAAAAACAUUGUCUCGCUUAAAACCAUGA